AUGAAAUUUUUUAAUGAAAUAUUUGAUUAUUUCAAUGGUGAUGAAAUAGUUGAAACAUUUUCUAAACUUAAUUCUCGUUUUCAACAACUUCUUCAUUCUUCAUCAAUUUUAAUAAAAACACAUUUUUAUUUAUUUUAUUAUGAAGAAAUGAUAAAUAAAGAUCAUAAAUUAGAAAUAUUCUCAAAUAAAUCAUGUUCUAAUUUAAAAAUCUUAUCUAUUAGUUGCUCACAAAAUAUCAUUCUUCUUGAUGCUCAUCGAUGGGAACAUUUUAUUUUACAUUAUUAUCCUGAAUUAGAAAAAUUCUAUUUCAUAUAUUAUGAUGGUAUUGAUAAUGAUAAUCAAUAUGAAAUAUAUUCUGGAGGAAUAAAUCAAUUUUCUUCAACAUUUUGGAUCGAGCGAAAAUGGAUAUUUAAUGUUAAAAUUGAUAAUACAGAUAUCGAAUAUAUGAUUUGUCCAUACAAAUAUAUCGAUGAAUAUUUUUUUUUACAGAAAAUUAAUUGUUCCGUGUUUUUUUUCUUCAGAAAAAUAUGGUAUGAUUCUAUACAUGAUAAGAAUAUUAAAUAUUCAGCAUCAACUACUUUAAUAUUGGCUAAUUUUGUUACUUCUUCAUAUGGUGAAAUACCAUUCGAAAAAACUAGACGUGUAUUAACUAUAACACAAAUUUAUCAUUUAAUUAUUAUUGAAAAGCAUUCAUCGGUUCAUGUAUUAAUUCAAUUAAUUAGUUUAUUACCUGAUUUAAUUACGUUCAAACUUUGUUCAUUAUCAUCAGAUGACAGAACACAAUAUAUUGUCAGAGAACUUUGUAGACUUGGUUCAAUAAAAUGUCAAAGUAAAACUACUAAAGAGAUUAAUAAUCGUAGUUUUUGUUUUAUUUGUUCAUUAUGUUUUCAUGCACCAGCAGUCGAUGAUCAAGUGAUUGAAAAUUUAGAAAAAAUGAUUAAUUAUGAACAAUUACUUAUUCAAUUUACAACUAAACGUAUAUCUGAUAAUAUUUAUUUACAAUGGACAUAA